AUGAGGAACCAAACAUUUGUGGCUGAAUUCCUCCUGCUUGGUCUCUCUAAGGGCCUGAAGAUCCGUCUUUUGCUGUUUGGGCUUUUUUCUGUGACCUACGCCAUCACUCUGGUGGGCAACUCAAUCAUACUGAUGCUCAUCUGGCUGGAUCCCCGACUCCACAAGCCCAUGUACUUCUUCCUGAGCCACCUUGCUUUUGUGGACAUCUGCUAUACAUCCAGCACAGUCCCCCAGAUGUUGGUGAACCUCCAGAACCCAAGACAAACCAUCGCAUUGGCUGGUUGUGUUGUACAGAUGUAUGUCUUCCUGGUCUUGGCCACGACUGAGUGCAUCCUCCUGGCAGUGAUGGCGUAUGACAGGUAUGUGGCAAUAUGCCACCCACUGCACUACACGUUCCUCAUGAACAAGAGAGUAUGCAUGAAGCUAGCCGUGGCAACCUGGAUGAGUGGCCUUUUAUUGCCAGUGGCACACACUGUCCUCACCUGGAGGUUGCCAUUCUGUGGUCCCAAUCUGAUUGAUCACUUUUUCUGUGAAAUGCCAGCAUUGCUGAAGUUGGCAUGUGCCGAUACCAAGAUUGUUGAAAAGGUCACUUCGGUGGGAUGCAUUUUCACCUUGCUUAUCCCCAUCUCCUUUAUCUUGAUGACUUACAUCCGUAUCCUGGUUUCCGUCUUGAAAAUCCAAUCUGCCCAAGGACAGCACAAAGCAUUCUCUACUUGUGUCUCUCAUGUAUCAGUGGUGGUGCUGUUCUAUGGCAGUGCCAUAUUUAUGUACAUGAGACCUGAGUCGAGCCACUCCCCUAGUCAGGACAAAAUGGUCUCCCUGUUUUAUAGUAUUGUCAUUCCCUUGUUUAAUCCAAUUAUAUACAGUCUGAAGAACAGAGAUGUGAAAGAGGCCUUGAUUAAAAUUCUCCAAAGAUGCAGAAGAUUUUGUUUAUCCUCAGGCAAACAUGAGAUGCCAAACUAG